AGAGUAUGUUUCUCAGGACUCCAUGACAGAAAGUGUAGUGUUUGACAAACCUUACGAGUUUUCACGCCAAGUGAAAUUACUCGCUAAUUACAAAAUCAAGCACGUGGAGAGGAGAAACUGUAAACAUUGCAAGGAAGGACCAAAUUCACCGGUUAACGAAAAUUAUGUGAAAAUCGAGGAGGACGAGUCUGGGUACGCUACUGUUACCAUCAACUGGCCAAGGUUCCCAUCAUCAGACGCUGAUCUCUGGGUGGUGAUGGAGAACGACGCUGGUGACGAGAAGAGGGAGAAACUAGCCGAUUUUGCUCAAGCGGCCAUUUCAGCGGUGCCUAAGAAAUUAGACGCGGUGCCCGCUCAACGCUUUGAAGACUCAAUAACAGUUAACUACGAAUGUGAUCGGUGUACCUUGGAGUAUAUUGUUGUCCGUGGAGACAGAGACAAGAGCCUUGUUAUACUGGACAAGUCAAGAUUUAAGACCAUAGAUGGCUCGGAAGGAAAAUACAUACAAUUCGACCUGGGCCGGCUGAAGCCCAAAGACGUGGGUCAAUACUUCGGCCAAUUCACCGACGGUAAUGGCAACCCGGAGAGAGUGAAACUGCUUACCCUUGACGUAAUGACCGUGAACCGCCUCAAGGUGUCCGGCACCGUGGGCCAGCCGUUCGACCACACCGUGACCUACUCCUGCGACAGUUGCGAGCUGACUGACAUAAUUUGCAACGGAGACAGCAUGAUAUCGGGCAACAAAGUGUCGCAUCUACCCGCAAAUAAAAAUGUUGUUUUUAAUUUUCCCAACUUCCAAGAUGAAAAUGCGUGUGUCUACAUUGGAACUUACACACAUAGCAACUCUUCUUAUAGAAAGAUCUUUGCCGUUAUUGACAACGUAUCCGUGUCGGAGGAAAGCGUUGAUGCGCCGAAAGUCGGAGACGGGUUUGAAGUUGAACUGCCAAUAAGCUGCGAAGGAUGUACGGUAGAGGCGGUUUCGGUGAACGGCGUUCCCCUUGAUCCAGAGCCAACCCGGAGAUUUGACGUAUCACCCACGGCAUGUUACCUGGCGACCGGCACUUCUAUUAAAAUUCGAAUCAGCUCUUUCACCGUAGGCUACGCCGGCAUCUACCAAGCGUUGUUUAAGUUUAAAUCAACAAAUAUUACCAAGACUUUACUAGAAAUCAAGGAUGGCGAAGAAGGCGGCGCGCCAUCUGGUGGAACUGGCACAGAAUCGGCCGGCGACGCGUCAGAAAGUCCAGAUGGUGAUGCCACUGAACCUUCAGCGGACGGUUCAGAAACUCCUGAAGGGGAAACCACUGAGGGGGGCGAAGCCGCAGAAGGCGGUGAAGCCACUGAAGCAGCCGAAGAGGCAGCCGCGGAUGAAAGAAGAAUGGGUGUUAAAAAUAGACAUACCACUGUCCCUACUCAAACAUCACAAGACACUACUCCAGUGGCAGCCACAGAUGCGGUAACAUCUGCUGUCACUGGAACCAGUAGUGCGACUGAGAAGAGUUAAAUUGACAGGUGGAAUCUGGCGGUCGCUUUCUAACUGAAAUUAUGUAGUUAUACUUAAUUGAAAAUAAAAUAUUAAAC